GCUGGGAGCUGUAGAGCGAGCGUCGUUGCGGUUGGUCGCGGAGGCGUCUGAGCCGCCCCGUCAGUCAGACACCGAGCUAUGGGCCGGACACCGGGGUUCCUGCUCGCCACGGCCUGCUUGGCCCUGCUGUGGGCGGCGGCGGCGGCGGGGAAAGAUAGCUGUGCAGAUCUUAAAACCUGCAAUGACUGUGUUAAUAGCACUAUCCCAGGAUGCAAGUGGAUUCAGUGCAAAGGAUCAAACUUUUCUUGUGAAAAUGCAACAGGACUUAACUGUACUGCCAUUUCACAGUGUUUUUAUUCAUCUACUGCUGCUACCACAGCUGCUAAUUCUACCACAGCUAAUUCUACCACAGCUGCCACUGUUACCACAGCUAACAUCACCAAUACAACGUCACCUGCUGCUUCAUCUACUGCUUCAAGUACUCCAGUUCUCUCAACAAUCAGUACACCAGGUACAACACAUGCUACUGAGAGUCCCCCUAAACCAGCUCCUCACAAGUCUACAUUUGAUGCUGCCAGUUUCAUUGGUGGGAUUGUCCUUGUCCUGGGUCUGCAGGCUGUAAUCUUCUUCCUGUAUAAAUUCUGCAAGUCCAAAGAUCGAAACUAUCAUACUCUCUAGAACCUGUCAUUUUACAAUGGACUAGUAGCCCAACACCUGUAGUUCACUGAACCAAAAUAUAUUCUCUGUCCUGUAUGGAACACCACAGUUCAGAAUAUCCUUUAAAUCUCCAAAAGAAGACUUUUUGAAAGGAUAAUAUUUUUGUAACACUAUACUUGGCAAGAGGUGGUAUGAAUCACCUCUGGCUCAACAGAGGUACUCAAUAUGCUGCAUGAGUCCUUGUGAUUCUUAUUUUUCUUUAGUGGCUGCAGCUGUGGGACUUUUUUUUUUUUUAACUUGACAUGCCAAAUGUAGACUUACAAUGAUUCUUGUAUUCAGUGGUAACACUGUCUUGAGUAGACAAUCUCCUGAUGAUGAUUGUGGAAGCUGAUUUAAUCAACCAUAAGUGCAGUAUCCCUAUAAUUUUAUCAAUGACUGACUUCUGGGAGUGAAAUAUCAUUUGUGCUAGCUUGUGGCUCUCGUAGUGUACUGCGAGGAAGGUUAACAAAGGAUUGUAGAAAUAGAAACUGUCUUCAUAAACUAUCCUUUUGGAUGAAAAUAAUGCCAAACCCAUAUUUUUCUACAUGAGAAUUAAAGAUGCCAACCAGGAAUUGUAUUGCACAUUUUAAUUUCUUAAAUUUGGCCUUUUCAGUUGUUAUAACUGGAAGGGUGGUGAGAAUAUUUCCCCUCCAUGUAAGAGGAAAUAAAGUCCAGUGCCUUAAAGAAUAAAAGAUAGGUUGCAAAUUCAAA